AUGGCCCAACGCGCUGUCCUAUGCCCUAUGGGGGACUAUGUACCCAUGACGCUUGGACGGAGAGCAUACGUCGUAGCUGCCCUCCAAACCGUCCUUCGUAUGGAGCGCAGCCCAGCCAACAAGUGCAUCAUGGACAACAUGCGAGCCAAGUACAAAGCACCUCAGGUCGGCACAACACGAACGGAAGCAAGUGGUGGCAGACGGUACAGCGCUAUCCCCAUGUAUGAGUUGCGACGGAAAGGAGCACUGCCAUCGCUGGCUCCGAAAAUAUCUGGAACGGGCCAUAGUGAUCUCUCUGCCACAGCGGAGAUGGAUUGUAUCGAAGUCGAUUGA